AUGCAUUUCCAUCUUCUGGCUCUCAUCUGGGUGUACACCUCCCACGCCUCUGCAGCCAUUACCUGGCAGUUGCAGAGGAACUCAAAUCCCACAUCCGACCAAGCCGACGCCUAUACUCGCAUAGAAGCCGCCAUGGGUUUGGCCGUGGCGCGAUACACGAAGUUAGCCGUCCGUCCAAACAAGUCCAUCACAGUCCAGUACGUGCCCAGCGUGGCCACCGCGGAUGGGAACUUCAACGGCAACAUCCGAUUCGGCUCGACCCGGUCGUACAUGAACGAGCGGACCGCGCUCCACGAGAUCUCCCACACGCUCGGCAUUGGCCAGACACAAGCCUUCGACACGAGAUGCGCCGCGAACAACUGGCCUUCGGCGACGAAGCUCCUGCAGUCAUGGGACGGCGCCGAUGCGAAGAUAAACUGUGGAGGCGGGCACAUCUGGCCCUAUGGGCUCAAUUAUGAUGAUGAAAUGAGCGAGACAAAUGCGGACCGGCACUGUCAGCUAGUAGAUGCGAUGCUGGGUGAUGGACUGGCAGGCUGA